GCAGCACAGACAUUUAACCUGCACUUGUUCAAGAUAUUGAUCAGCUGCAUUUUGUCAGUUGUAAGAAUGGUGGUUUAAGCCUAUGCAUUUUUUGUGUGUGUUUGGAUUGCCAUUUUUUAAACUCCACUGACUUUAUCAAGAACAGUAAAGAGCAAAGAUGAUUGAGCUGGGCCUCCCUGAUGGCAGCCUGAUUGAUGAGUUGAUGGAGCUGACAGCACAGAGCCUCAGUCACCUGGAAAUCCAAGAACACUUCAACAUCAUCAAAGAGAUCGGACGAGGGAAAUACGGGAAAGUGCUCCUGGUUACACAUCGCUUUAGAGGGACUCCCAUGGCAUUGAAAGUGAUGCCCAAAACUUCAACUAAGCUGCAGGGCUUUCUGCGAGAGUACUGCAUCUCCUUGCACCUGUCCUGCCACCCCUGCAUUGUGGGUCUCUUUGGCAUUGCCUUCCAGUCUAAUGAGCAUUACUGCUUUGCCCAGGAGCUGAUCAUUGGAAGGGACCUUUUUGCUGUCAUUCAACCAAAAGUGGGUAUCCCAGAAUCCUCAGUAAAACGCUGUGUCCUUCAGAUCGCCAGUGCUUUGGAGUUCAUCCACAGCCAUGGCUUGGUCCACCGUGAUGUGAAGCCUGAAAAUAUCCUUCUGCUGGACAAUCUCUGCUGCCAGGUCAAGCUGGCAGACUUUGGCCUUGCCCAGAAGAGAGGAACCCUGAUACGUUUUAUCACAGGAAUCCUUCCCUACAUGGCCCCUGAACUUUGUUCUGUAGCUCUGCCCGAGGGCCAGAAAGAGGUGACUGUUCCACCUCUGAGUGUGGAGCCAAGUCUGGACACCUGGGCAUUUGGCGUGGUUAUCUUCUGCAUCCUCACAGGCUACUUCCCCUGGGAACGCUGUGUGGACUCGGAUGACUUCUACGAGGAGUUUGCAGACUGGUGGAAAAUGGAAGAGCGAUCUAACGCUGAGGAGGACAUCCCUCCUUUGUGGAAAAGGUUCACUCCAGAAGCCAUGGAGAUGUUUGGUAAGCUCCUGGCUCUGGAUGCAGGAAAAAGGUGUUCAGUAGGAGAUGUGAGAGCAUAUGUGGAGAAGGACUGGCUGAAGAAGGUGCCGGGAAAUGAUCAGCAGUAAAAGUUGGGGAAAAAAGUAAAAAAAGAAAGGAGCUCUCCCUGGAUUUUAUAGUUCCUUAUUGCUUAAAAACAUUAAAAAUAUAUGAUGUAGCUCAAAGCCAGCAUGUGGUUUGCAGUGAUAAAACAGUUUUUAGUAUCAUUCUGAUGCCUUUGUCCUUGUGUAAAAGUAAUGUCUUUUUGUAUAUGAGAUGAUACAGACUGUAUGUCAAAAUACAUGUGUACCUUAUUGGACAUGCAGUAUAUUUGAGGUUCAGUAGUAUAGCACAUAGACUGUGCCUGCAGACACAGAGACACAGAAUUUUUGUUUGAAUUUACUGCAAGUCCACCAGACUUAUAAAUGACCUAAUAAUUUCUCAACAGGUUCAUCUAUGAAAUUUAUGUUUGAUUACUGCAAAAACAGCAUAAAAUGAGAAAACAGAUGCAGAACAAUAAAAAAGGAGGGAACAGAGAUGGUUCCAGAGAAACAAUGAGUGACAUAAACAAAACAAUUAAUGCAAAGUUACAGCUGUUGCUGAGGAGUGCUUCUAGUUUGUCAUACACUGCUUUUGUAUUUUCACUUAGUUUCUGUGAAAUAAACAAUGAC